AGUUCCUCGACCUGAAGGUAUAGUUAUUAUUCAUUAAUACCAUUAGAUAAUAAAUAUAUAGACAAACUGUUAGACAAUAUAUGGGUGGAAAAAAGAGUCAACACUUUUGUGAACACAUCUGUCCUCAAGAAUAUAUUGGUUCACAAUUAAAGAGCCGCGUUACCGGCCUUUUGCAUAUUUGAAUACGUGUACUUCGCUCGACCCGACUCUAUGAUGGAGGGACAGAUGGUCUACAGUGUGAGACAAAAGUGCGGCCGACAACUGGCCAUUGAAGCGCCAGUAGUGCAAACUGAGGGCCCAUCCAAUGGCAUUACAAAUGGUGAGCCGAGCUUUGCUGCGAGCGAUUUGAUAGUAUCGGCGGCUCCCGAAACAUCAAUUCCCGCGGCUUUGGGUUACGCACAACAGGCGAACCUUCCGUAUGUCGAGGUCUUCUGCAAGAAUCGGUACAUCGGCCGUUCAUUCAUUCAGCCCUCUAUUAAGUUGAGGCGCUUAGCGGUGGCCAAAAAGUUUGGACCUCUCUCUCAAAACUUUAUCGGAAAGUCUAUUAUAUUGGUUGACGACUCUCUUGUUAGAGGCACAACAAUUGGACAACUAAUCCGUUUAUUGAAAGACGCAGGCGCCAAAGAAGUGCACAUUCGGAUCGCAUCGCCUCCCCUUCACUUCCCCUGUUAUAUGGGAAUUAAUAUCCCAACUAAAGAGGAAUUAGUCGCCAAUCAUCUAAAAGCUGAACAAUUGGCGCAAACACUA